AGGUGAAGGACAAGAAAAGGGCGUAGUCAAUGUAAAACCAAUACAUUGAGAUGUUAGUUUGAUAUCAUUUAAUUCAUAGUACAUAGACUGUGUUUUUAAACAGUCAUCUCUUUUUAUUUCAUGUGUUUUGUUGAUAUUAAUCAAAUUAAAAGUGUAAAGUUUCAACUGUUCUAGUUUUUCUCUGUCACCCUGCCUAGCCUUUUUUCUGGGUUUGGUAUUGCAUUUGUCUUCAUCCUUUCAUCAUUAAAUCAUCAUUGUUUACUAUCCAGCUUAAGAACUAGGACAAUCUUAAAUACACCAUGGAUACCUCUACAUCUAGUGUUACUACCAAAGAAAUCAAAAUAUUGGAAACUGUUGAAGAUAUUCAGGAGAGAAGAGACCAAGUUCUUGGAAGAUAUCAAAGAUUCAAGGAAGAAGCUAAAGAAAAGAGAAGUUUAUUAGAAGAUUCAAAGAGAUUUCAAUAUUUCAAAAGAGAUGCAGAUGAACUUGAAUCGUGGAUAUUGGAAAAACUACAAACUGCUUCAGAUGAAUCGUAUAAAGAUCCAACAAAUUUACAAGCUAAAAUUCAAAAACAUCAAGCAUUUGAGGCUGAAGUGACUGCUCAUUCCGAUGCUAUUGUAUCUCUCAGUGCUACCGGUGGUGAAAUGAUUAACCAGGGACAUUUUGCUGCUGAAGUGAUCACUCAUCGUCUGGAUGAACUUCACCGACUAUGGGAACUACUUCUUUCCAAGUUAACUGAAAAAGGACUAAAACUUCAACAAGCUCUUGUGCUUCAGCAAUUCAAUCGACAAUGUGAUGAAGUUAUGUUCUGGAUCAAUGAUAAAGAAGCAUUUGUUACCUCUGAUGAGAUGGGACAAGACUUGGAACAUGUUGAGGUGCUCCAAAGGAAAUUUGAUGAAUUUCAAAAAGAAAUGGCAAGCCAGGAAUUUCGAGUGCAAGAAGUUACAAAGCAAGCAGAUAAACUGGUUGGUGAAAACCAUCCUGACCACGAAAUUAUCAUUAGGCGUCGAACCGAAGUCGAAGAAGCUUGGAAACGUUUGAAAUACUUGACGUCAGUUCGUCAACAAAAACUUGCCGGUGCACAAGAGAUUCAAAUAUUCAACAGAGAUGCUGAUGAAACUAUUUCCUGGAUUCUUGAAAAAGAUCUAGUUAUAUCUUCUGAUGACUAUGGUAGAGAUUUAGUAAGUGUUCAAGCUUUACAAAGAAAACACGAAGGUAUUGAAAGAGACCUUGCAGCUUUGGAAGACAAGGUUCUCAUUUUAGGUCAAGAAGCACAUCGAUUAUGUGAACUUCAUCCUGAUCAUAAAGACAAAAUUCAAGCUAAGCAUUCAGAAAUUGUAUCUAAUUGGGAAAAGCUGAGAGCUAAAGCUGGUGAAAGAAAACGACGUCUCGACGAAAGUCACCUUCUUCAUCAAUUCUUGGCCGAUUUCCGUGAUCUAACUUCUUGGAUCAAUGAUAUGAAAGCAAUUAUCAAUGCUGAUGAACUUGCUAAAGAUGUUGCUGGAGCUGAAGCUCUUCUUGAGCGUCACCAAGAACAUAAAGGAGAGAUCGAUGCUCGAAUGGAUAGCUUCAAUGCAGCUGAUGAUGCUGGUAAAAUCCUUCUUGAUCAAGGUAUAGCUACUGAUGAAGUUCGUGAUAAAUUGAUUACUCUCUCUAAUGAGAAGAACUCUCUUCUUGAAUUAUGGGAAAAUAAGCGCAUUUUGUAUGAACAAUGUAUGGAUUUGCAGCUAUUUUAUCGUGACACUGAACAAGCAGACACUUGGAUGGCUAAACAGGAAGCUUUUCUUGCUAAUGAAGAUCUAGGUGAUUCUCUUGAUUCUGUUGAAGCUUUGAUCAAGAAACACGAAGACUUUGAAAAAUCAUUGGCAGCUCAAGAGGAAAAGAUAAAAGCUUUAGAUGAAUUUGCUACAAAAGUAAUCGAAGGUCAACAUUAUGCUGCUGAAGAUGUUGCACAUAGACGUGCAACUCUUCUUGAGAGACGUAAUGCUCUCAUCGAAAGAUCUGAAGCUCGACGUUCACUGUUGAACGAUUCAUAUAAACUUCAACAAUUUGAACGUGACUAUGAUGAAACUAAAGGCUGGAUAAUGGAAAAAUUGAAAACUGCCUCUGAUGAGAGCUAUCUAGACUCAACUAAUUUAACAGGCAAGCUCCAAAAACAUGAAACAUUUAGGCAAGAAUUAACUGCCAAUGAACCAAGAAUUAGUGAACUCAACACAAGUGCACAAACCCUAAUCCAAAGUAAUCAUUAUGCUGCUCCUAGAAUCAGUGAAAGAGCCCAAGAAAUCGGUGAAUUAUGGGCUAAUCUUGUUGAAGCAACUGAACGAAAAGGCAGCAAACUUACUGAGGCAGCUGACCAACAAUUAUUUAACCAUGGGGUUGAAGAUGUUGAGCUUUGGUUAAAUGAGGUUGAGGGACAACUUAUGUCUGAAGAUUAUGGUAAAGAUUUAACUUCCGUCCAAAAUUUAAUCAAGAAACAUGCUCUACUUGAAUCAGAUGUUGCCUCACACCAAGAAAAAAUUAAUGAUGUUAUCGCCCAAGCUGAUGAAUUCAUCGUUAAUGGUCACUUUGAUGCAGACAACAUUAAAACUAAGCGUGACAAUGUUGUUGAAAAGUAUCGUUCAUUAAAAAAACCCAUGAUAAAUCGACGUAAUCGAUUGAAGGAUGCUCUUCGUUUACAAAAACUUUUCCGUGAUGUUGAAGAUGAAGAAGCCUGGAUAAGAGAGAAAGAACCAAUUGCUGCAUCAACCAAUCGUGGUCGUGACUUGAUUGGUGUUCAAAAUUUAAUUAAGAAACAUCAAGCUGUCAUGAAUGAAAUCAACAACCAUGAACACCGUAUCCGAACCGUUUGCUCUAACGGAGAAGAAAUGGUUAAUGAAGGUCAUUUUGCAUCCGAUGAGAUACAAAAAAGACUCUUCUCGUUAAAUGAUAAAUGGCAAAGUUUAAAAGAAAAAGCAAACAAGAGAAACCAAGAUUUAGAUGAUUCUCUUCAAGCACAUCAGUACUUUGCGGAUGCAAAUGAAGCAGAAUCAUGGAUGAAAGAGAAAGAACCUAUUGUUGGUAGUCAAGAUACUGGUAAAGAUGAAGAUUCAACUGAAGCUCUUCUCAAAAAACAUGAAGCACUCAUGGCAGACCUUGAAGCCUUUAGAAAUACGAUAUCAUCCCUACGUGAUCAAGCAGCUGCUUGUAAACAACAGGAAACUCCAAUUGUUGAUCAAACUGGAAAGGAAUGUGUUAUGGCUCUUUAUGAUUACACGGAAAAAUCACCUAGAGAAGUUUCAAUGAAAAAAGGAGAUGUUCUUACUUUACUUAAUUCCAAUAAUAAAGACUGGUGGAAAGUAGAAGUCAAUGAUAGGCAAGGUUUUGUUCCUGCAGCCUAUGUUAAAAAAAUUGAAGCCGGUCUCUCUGCUAGUCAACAGCAUCUUGCUGAACAAAAUUCAAUUUCAGCUCGAGCAGCUCAAAUUGAUAAACAAUAUGAAAAUCUAUUGGAGCUUGGACAUGAUCGAGCAGAUCGCCUUCAAGAAUCCUGUAAAGCUUAUCAAGUAGUCAGAGAAGCUACAGAAUUGGCUCAAUGGAUCCGUGACAAAGAGCAACACGCCCAAGUUCAAACUGUGGGUGAUGAUUUGGAGGAGGUUGAAAUUCAUCAGAAAAAGUUUGAUGAUUUCCAGUCUGAAUUAAAAUCCAAUGAAGCUCGUCUUAGAGAAAUGAAUGAAGUGGCAACCAAGCUUGCUAACCUUGGUCAAACUGAAGCUGCUGUCAAAAUAAAUCAACAAAUUGAUGAGUUGAACACUAAAUGGGUUAAUCUUCAACAAGCUGCUGAAAAAAGAGCAGAGCAACUUGGAUCAGCCCAUGAAGUUCAACGAUUCCAUCGUGACAUUGAAGAAACCAAAGAUUGGAUUCGCGAAAAAGAUGAAGCACUAAACAAUAAUGAUUAUGGUAAGGAUUUAAGAUCCGUUCAAACUUUACAAAGAAAGCACGAAGGUUUGGAAAGAGAUCUCGCUGCUUUGGGUGACAAGAUUAGAUCACUCGAUGAAAUUGCCCAAAGAUUGAUGAAAACUCAUCCAGAAACUGCCGAGCAAACUUAUCAAAAGCAAAUUGAAAUAAAUCAAGAAUGGGACCAAUUAAUUGCUAAGGCUACUGCUCGUCGUGAGAAACUUGACGAUUCCUAUGAACUUCAACGAUUCUUGGCUGACUAUCGUGACCUCAUGUCAUGGAUAGUUUCAAUGAAAGCUCUAGUCUCUUCUGAUGAACUUGCAAAUGAUGUUACCGGUGCCGAGGCUCUUCUUGAAAGACAUCAGGAACAUCGAACUGAAAUCGAUGCUCGAGCUUCAACUUUCCAGACAUUUGAAAUGUUUGGACACCACCUAUUGGAAAGGGGUCAUUAUGCCUCUGAUGAGAUCGCUGAUAAAAUCAGAGAAAUCGCCCAAGCAAGAGAAGAUCUCGAAAAGGCUUGGAUUGCUAGACGAGUCAGACUUGAUCAAUGUUUGGAACUUCAAUUAUUCUAUCGUGACUGUGAACAAGCUGAAAAUUGGAUGGCUUCUCGAGAAGCUUUCCUUGCCUCCGAUGAUAUGGGAGGAGAUAAUGUUGAAGUUCUGAUCAAGAAGCAUGAAGACUUUGAUAAAGCAAUCAGUGCACAAGAGGAAAAGAUUGCCCAAUUAACAUCAUUAGCUGACCAAUUGAUUGCUCAUGAUCAUUAUGCAUCACAACCAAUCAAGGAUAAAAAAGAUCAAGUCUUGGAUAGAUGGCAAAAUCUUAAAGAAGCAUUGAUCGAGAAACGUUCUAAGCUUGGUGAAUCACAGACUUUACAACAAUUUUCACGAGAUGCUGAUGAAAUUGAGAACUGGAUUUCAGAAAAAUUGCAAAUGGCUCAAGAUGAGAGCUAUAAAGAUCCAGCUAACAUUCAGUCUAAACAUCAAAAACAUCAAGCAUUUGAAGCAGAACUUAAUGCUAAUAAAGACAGAAUUACAUCAAUCAUUGGCAUGGGUGAAAAGUUGAUUGAUCAACAUCAAUGUGCUGGAUCUGAAGAUGCUGUUCAAAAUAGGUUAACCUCAAUUAGAGAGCAAUGGCAACACCUAACAACCAAGACAACCGAGAAAUCAUUGAAACUUAAGGAUGCUAACAAACAGAGAACCUUCAAUGCUGCUGUGAAAGAUUUAGAUUUCUGGUUAGAUGAGAUCGAAGGUUUAUUGAAAACUGAAGAUGCUGGUAAAGAUUUGACUUCAGUUGAAAAUCUUAUUAAAAAACAUGAUCUUCUAGAAGUCGAUAUUGCCGCUCGUGAUGACCGAAUUAAAGAUCUUGAUCAUUUAGCUGACAGUCUUAUUGAAUCAGGACAAUUUGAUCCAGCAGUUAUUCAAGAGAAACGAUCCUCAAUUAAAGAGAGAUAUGACCGAAUAAAGGCUUUAACCGAACAUCGUCGACAACGAUUGAAUGAAGCAAACACUUUGCAACACUUCUUCAGAGAUAUUUCAGAUGAAGAAUCAUGGAUAAAGGAUAAAAAGUUGCUGAUCAGUUCAGGUGAUUUUGGCCGAGAUUUGACUGGAGUUCUUAAUCUUCGCAAGAAACAUCGACGCUUCGAGACUGAGCUUGCUACUCACGAGCCUUCUAUCCAAGCUGUCCAAGAUGCUGGUCAAAAACUUAUGAAUGAAUCUAAUUUGGGAAUUCAAGAGAUUGAAUCCAGACUUCAAGCUUUGGAAAACAAUUGGCAAGAAUUGAAAAAAUUAUCUGGUGUUCGAGGAAAUAAACUUGAAGAAAGUCUCGUUUUCCAACAGUUCUUAGCUAAAGUUGAAGAGGAAGAAGCUUGGAUUUCUGAGAAACAGAAGCUUAUUGCUGUUGAAGAUUACGGUGAUACUAUGGCAGGUGUACAAGGAUUAAUUAAAAAACACGAUGCAUUUGAAGCAGAUUUUACUGUUCAUCGAGAAAGAUGUGCUGACAUUAUAUCUGCUGGACAACAACUGAUUGCUGAAGGUAACCACCAUUCAGAUACUAUUGACCAACGAUUGAAAGCACUGCAAUCGCGUUUAGAUUAUCUGCAAGAAAGUGCCCGUAAAAGAGCUGGUAAAUUGAAUGACAAUUCAGCUUACCUUGAAUUUAUGUGGAAGGCUGAUGUUGUUGAAAAUUGGAUUACUGAUAAAGAAGUUCAAGUGAGCAGUAAAGAUUAUGGACGUGAUCUUUCAUCCGUUCAAACCUUGUUGACUAAACAAGAAGCCUUUGAUACUGGAUUGGUUGCUUUUGAGCAAGAAGGUAUUCUUUCAAUUACUCAAUUAAAAGACCAACUGAUAGCCAAUAAUCAUGUUCAAAGUGAGGCUAUCUUGAAGCGUCAUGGAGAUGUAAUGAACCGUUGGAAUGAACUUUUGGCUGCCUCUCAAGCAAGAAAGCAAAAACUUCUUCAUAUGCAAGAACAGUUUAAGAUGAUUGAAGAUUCAUUCCUUACCUUUGCUAAGAAAGCUUCUGCAUUCAACUCUUGGUUUGAAAAUGCUGAAGAAGAUCUUACAGACCCUGUUAGGUGUAAUUCAAUUGAAGAGAUUCGAGCUUUAAGGGAAGCUCAUCAACAAUUCCAAGCUUCUUUAACAUCAGCUCAAACUGAUUUCCAACAACUUGCUGAGCUUGAUAGUCAAAUUAAAUCUUUCAACGUUGGUUCCAAUCCUUAUACUUGGUUCACUAUGGAAGCACUUGAGGAUACAUGGAGAAAUCUGGAAAAGAUUAUCCAAGAUCGAGAUGCUGAGCUUCACAAGGAAUCUCUUCGCCAAGAAGAGAAUGACCGUUUGAGAAAGGAGUUUGCUAAACACGCCAAUAAUUUCCACCAGUGGCUCGCAGAUACAAGAAUGUGGCUACUUGACGGUUCAGCAAUGAGAGAAGGAACAGGAUCUCUUGAAGCUCAACUAGAAGCAACUCGAAGCAAGGCAACCGAUAUCAAGCUGAAGAGGGAUGACUUGAGACAGAUCGAAAAAUUGGGAGCAACACUUGAAGAGCAUCUUAUUUUGGACAAUAGGUACACUGAACACAGUACUGUUGGAUUGGCCCAACAAUGGGAUCAACUGGAUCAACUUUGUAUGAGAAUGCAACACAACUUGGAGCAACAAAUUCAAGCAAGAAACCAAUCAGGUGUCUCUGAAGAAUCUCUCCGUGAGUUCAGUAUGAUGUUCAAACACUUUGACAAAGAUAAGACUGGUAAACUUAACCACCAAGACUUUAAAAAUUGUUUACGAGCUCUUGGUUAUGACCUAAAGAUGGUUGAAGAAGGUGAAUACAAUCCUGAAUUUGAAGAAAUCUUGAACCAAGUUGACCCCAAUAGAGAUGGAUUUGUUACUUUACAAGAAUAUAUGGCAUUUAUGAUCUCUCGUGAAACUGAAAACGUUUCCAAUCGUGAAGACUUUGAAAAUGCCUUCCGAGCUAUUGCAGAGGAAAAGCCUUAUGUUACCCCUGAAGAGUUGUAUUCUAAUCUCACCAAAGAUAUGGCAGAUUAUUGUUUACGUCGUAUGAAACGAUAUGUUGACCCGAAAUCUGGACGAGAAAUUACUAAUGCUUAUGACUACGUUGAUCUUACGCAAACUUUAUUCCAGAAUUAGUAUUUCUGCUUACCUUUUUUGCGCUUCUUUAUCUCAUUGAAAAAAAGCUCUCUUUCUCAUAAAAAAUUAUGUAAACACACAAAAAAUCACUUUUUCCUUCUCUUCUCUUCUCUAUUCUUUAUAAGAGAUUUACCCUCCAACGCCACAGCCAUUGACUAUUAAUUCUAUUAUAAUUCUAAUUAUUGACAUGAUUAUUAUUUACAUCAAAUAUAUUUACGCUAAAACCAAA